AUGGUUUCGCUCAUGAUCGAUCAGUUGAAGCAUUUGCCUUCAAUUAUUAAGGGUGGUCUCUUGAGCAGUAGCCAGAGACCAGAGGAAGCAACAGAGACAUUGCGGAAACUUAAAGAAGGCAUAAUAAAGGUUCUCUUUGUAUCUCCCGAGAGACUUCUGAAUCUAGAAUUUCUGUCAAUGUUUCGCUUGUCUUUAUCUGUGUCACUUGUAGUCGUGGAUGAGGCACACUGCAUAUCAGAAUGGUCUCAUAACUUCCGCCCUUCAUACAUGAGACUCAAGGCAUCAAUGCGGUUUUCUGAACUCAAGGCAGAAUGCAUUCUCGCGAUGACUGCAACAGCCACUACUAUGACUCUUGAGGCUUAUGAGACUGACAUGAUAAGCAAGUAUUUAUGCGAUAACAACAUCAAUUCAAAGGUUGUUGCAACUGUGGCAUUCGGCAUGGGACUUGAUAAGGGAGAUGUUGGAGCUUGCUAUCUUUAA